UUAAUAGUAAACAAAAAAUUUAAGCAGUGAUAAUGCAAAUGAAAACUAAACUUGAGUUAUGUUGCUGCAAAUUAUUAUUUUUUUUUUAAGGUUUGUUUUAUCUAUGUGGUUGUGAAGAAGGGGUGCUUUGCUUGAUGCUUUGAAAAACAAAAAACAAAAAGGCAUGAAAUUUUGAUGCCCAUUUUUCUAGUUUUAGUUUUAUCCACAACCUUUGUUUUGAAAGUUAAAAACUUUGUGAUAAUAAUAACUUAUAAACCCCACAACACCUCAAUUUCCACCCUCUCACCUUUUUUUUGUUUUGUCCAACACAUUGGCUUUGGAGUUUGAGAUUUCUAGUCCUAUCAUAAUGUCAUUGAAGAGUAUUGUGAGAGAGAUCAAGGAGAUGGGAGAGGGAAUUGGAAACAUGUAUAGAAGAGGAGUAGAAUCCAAGCAUAUGCAUAGACAUGGAAAAUCUCACAUUGCACCUGAAUGUUCAUCACCAUUGUCACUAUCAACAACAACAACAUCAUCAUUAUCACAAAGCCAAUGGGCUAAUUUACCUCCUGAGUUGCUACUAGACAUAAUUCAAAGGGUGGAAGCUAGUGAAAACUCUUGGCCUUCUAGAAGAGCACUUGUAGCUUGUGCUUCAGUUUGUAGGUUGUGGAGAGAGAUAACAAAGGGUGUGGUUAAGACACUUGAGCACUGUGGUUGCCUCACUUUUCCUAUAUCAUUGAAGCAGCCUGGUCCAAGAAACAAUCCUAUCCAGUGUUUUAUUAAAAGAGAAAGGGCUACUUCCACAUAUAGAUUAUAUCUUGGUCUCAGCCCUGCUCUUUCUGGUGAUAUGAGUAAACUGCUCUUAGCAGCAAAGAAGAUUAGAAGAGCAACAUGUACAGAAUUUUUAAUAUCAUUGGUAGCUGAUGAUUUCUCUAGAGCUAGCAAUACUUACAUUGGAAAGUUGAGGUCUAAUUUUCUAGGCACCAAGUUUAUGAUUUUCGACGGUCAUCCUCCACAAGAUUCUUCACUUCCAUUGAGUUGUAAGUUGCAGCAAAGAGUCCAUCUGAAGCAGGUACUUCCAAGGGCUGCUACUGCUGCAAAUCCUGCUAACUAUAAAGUGGCAACUGUAUCUUAUGAACUCAACGUUCUUCGAACAAGAGGUCCGAGGCGAAUGCGGUCUACAAUGCACUUAAUCCCCAUAUCUUCAGUCCAAGAAGGAGGAACUGCUCCCACUCCUUUGGAAUUUACCAAUUUCCAUAAUGAGCAUGAUGCAUCUACUAGUCAAAUUUCAAAGGAAAAGAAGCAAGAAGUUGUUGAAAUUGGCUCAACUUGCACUGAUUUUUCUAAAGAGCCACUGAUAUUGAAAAAUAAAGCUCCUAGAUGGCAUGAACAGCUUCAAUGUUGGUGCUUGAAUUUCAAGGGACGCGUUACGGUCGCCUCAGUGAAGAACUUCCAGCUUGUAGCAGCUGCAGAACCUUGCCAUAACGUUUCGGCUGCGGAACAAGAGAAAGUUAUAUUACAAUUUGGAAAAAUUGGGAAGGACAUAUUCACGAUGGAUUAUCGAUAUCCUCUCUCCGCAUUUCAAGCUUUUGCAAUCUGUUUGAGCAGCUUUGACACAAAACCAGCGUGUGAAUGAUAAUGCCUUUUCCCUUUGUGGACAAAGUGGUCCUGCCACUUUUUCUAUUAUAUAAAAUGUACAUUCUGCAGGACCAAGUUUGUGUAAUGCUAGCUGUUAGGAUUAAUGUUAAUUAAUGUAUAAGAAAGUUUAUUAAUUUCUCACAGCACAUAAUGUAUAUUAUCUUGCAAUA